UUCUGCUCUUCUUUUUCUCUUUUUUCUUCACUCUCAUUUGGACUCUCUCAUCGAGAGAGAAUCGAAAAAACAUCGCAAUGGGAGAACGGAAAAUCCCGUUCUCUCCUUCGCUUCUGAUCAUCUCUUCCUUCUUUUUCAUCUUCCUCCGUCUCUUCCCUUCCGCCGUCGCAGACGACGCUGCAAUCAUGAAGAAACUCGCCGCCAAUCUCAAAUCAACCCCUACAGACUGGACAGGUAGCGACCCAUGCUCAUGGACAGGCAUUAAAUGCGACAACUCGAACAGGGUCACCGCCAUUAACCUCGCUUCCAAGAGUCUAUCUGGUACCCUUACUCCAGAUCUCAAUCAACUCACCCAGCUUCAAACCCUCGCUCUUCAAAACAACGGUAUUGGAGGCUCAUUACCCACCCUUGCAAACCUCACAAAUCUCCAAGAGGUUUACUUAGACAACAAUAACUUCACAUCGAUUCCUUCCACUUUCUUCACCGGGCUCACCAAUUUGCAGAAUCUGAGUAUAAGCCAAAAUAUCAACUUGGAACCAUGGCUGAUCCCUGCAAGUCUCGCUGAUUCGUCGAGUUUGGUCUAUUUCUAUGCGAGCAACGCUAAUGCUGUGGGUACCAUUGUGGAUAUUUUUGGGUCAUUUCCGAAUUUGCAAUCCCUACGGCUUUCCUACAACAAUCUCACAGGUUCUUUACCCAAAUCCUUCGCAGGAAGUGGGAUUCGGAACCUUUGGCUUAACAAUCAGGUUCUUGGUUUGUCUGGGCCGAUUGAUGUUAUAGGAACAAUGACGCAGCUCAGUCAGGUAUGGCUCCAUCAGAAUGCAUUUACAGGGUCGAUUCCAGAUCUUUCGAACUGUACCACUCUGUUUGAUCUUCAGCUUCGUGGCAAUCAAUUCACUGGGGUGAUACCCUCUUCGUUAAUGUCGCUGUCUCAUUUGGUUAAUGUUUCUUUGGAUAACAAUAACUUCCAAGGUCCUUACCCGAGUUUUGGUACUGGAGUUCUGGUAACUCUUGGCACAACCAACAAUUUCUGUAAUUCAAAGCCAGGUCCUUGUGCACCUCAGGUGACGACAUUGCUUGCUAUUGCCGGAGACCUUGGUUACCCUAUGAACUUAGCGACUUCUUGGGGAGGGAAUGACCCGUGCCAAGGUUGGACUUUUAUUACCUGUGAUGCGCAGAAGAAUGUAACAAUAGUUAACUUUGCAAAACAGCACUUCACGGGAACGAUCUCACCUUAUUUUGCUAACCUUACUUCAUUGAAGAGUUUGUUGUUGAAUGACAAUAAUCUCAGCGGCCCGAUUCCGGCUACUUUGACCAGCUUGAUUCAACUCCAAACGCUUGAUGUUUCCAACAACAACCUCUCUGGACUAGUUCCAGUUUUUCCUGCUGGUGUAACAUUGAAAUUGACAGGUAACAAGUUUCUUGGCAGCAAUUCAACAUCUGGUGGAGGUGGCGGUGGAAGCCCAGAAUCCAGUCCAGGUUCGAGAUCCCCGACCGGAAAUAACAACUCAACCUCUGGAGGAGCAAAGAGCUCCCAUGGUCGAUCUGGUUUGAUUGCUGGUGUAGUGGUUGCCGCUGUGAUUUUUAUGGGUGUCGUAGCUUUUGUCAUAUGUUACGCUAAGAAACGCAAACAGAAAACUGGGUUGGUCCCUCUCCCUCAGAAUGAGAAGGAAAUGGGGAAGAAUGGAGCAGUUGGCCCUUCAAAUGGAUAUGGUGGGUUCGGAAGUGAAUUACAAAGUCAAAGCAGUGAUACUAGUGAAGUCCAGGUCUUUGAUGGUGGAAAUGUUGCUAUUUCAAUCCAAGUCCUCCGAGAGGUGACGAACAACUUCAGUGAAGAGAACAUAUUGGGUAGAGGAGGAUUUGGAGUUGUCUACAAAGGAGUACUCCAUGAUGGGACACAAAUAGCAGUGAAGCGGAUGGAAUGUGCUGCAAUGGGUACAAAGGGGAUGAAUGAAUUUCAGGCAGAGAUUGCAGUCCUUACAAAGGUUAGACACAGGCAUCUGGUCGCUCUUCUGGGGUUCUGCGUCAAUGGCAAUGAGAGGCUUUUGGUAUAUGAGUAUAUGCCACAGGGGACUUUGGGGGAGCAUUUAUUUGAUUGUAAUGCAAAUGGGUAUCCUCCUCUUACAUGGAAACAGAGGGUGACAAUCGCACUAGAUGUAGCCAGGGGAGUAGAAUAUCUUCAUGGCUUAGCACAGCAGAGUUUCAUCCAUAGAGAUUUAAAGCCCUCGAAUAUACUUAUUGGGGAUGACAUGAGAGCUAAGGUUUCUGAUUUUGGUUUAGUUAAGAAUGCUCCUGAUGGGAAGUUUUCCAUUGAGACUCGAUUGGCAGGAACAUUUGGGUAUCUUGCACCUGAAUAUGCUGCAACUGGGAGGGUGACCACAAAAGUUGAUGUUUAUGCAUAUGGUGUGGUCUUAAUGGAGCUGAUCACUGGUAGAAAAGCACUGGAUGAAACCAUGCCAGAUGAUAGAACACAUCUAGUGACAUGGUUCCGUAGGGUCCUGAUCAACAAAGACAACAUUGGAAAAGCUAUUGACCCUUCCCUUGACCCUGAUGAUGAGACCUUUGAGUACAUUUGCAAGGUGGCAGAGCUUGCGGGUCAUUGUACGGCUCGUGAACCUUCUCAGAGACCAGAUAUGGGACAUGCAGUGAACAUCUUGGCUCCUCUUGUAGAACAGUGGAAACCCAGUUCCCACCACGAAGGAGAUGGUUAUGGCAUUGACCUCCACUUGAGCCUACCUCAAGUGCUAGAGCAAUGGCAAUCCGAAGGCACCUCCACAACUGUUGGUGGUGAUUCCUUCUAUAACAGAAGCAUAAUGAGUCAUGGGAACACCCAAUCUAGCAUUCCUCCACAACCUUCUAGUUUUGGUGACACAUUCAAAUCAACUGACGGCCGAUGACUGGAGGGUGGGAAUCAAAUUCUGGAGAGACAAAUGGAAAGACAUACUUAUUCUACCACUGAUAAAUCUUGUAAGAGUUAUCCAGGAAAACAUCAGUUUUUCAAUUCAUUUAUUUUGUUCAACAUUUGUAUAGCCAUUGUGUCAGUCCUCCUCAAGAUAUUUGUUGUCUUUUAUCACAAGACACGAGAGCUACAUGUUUCUUGGUUUUGGAUUCUCUGAUGUAAAAUACAGAUUGAUUGGUGAGGGUGUGGAAGAAAAUGGGGGGGGGGGGAAGGGUGGUACUGUAGCAUCUGUUUUAAUGGUAGUGUUGUUUGAACUGCCAAAGUUAAGAACCGAAGUUUGUAUGAUUAAGAUGAUUCCUUUUUACCAAGUCUCUGAACUUUUUGAUCAAAAUCUUAGUGCUAAUCAUAAAGUUUUAUUCUUUGACUUUUGUUU